AUGUCGCGCGACGCCCCGAAUCCCCUCCGACCCUACUACGUCCCGCCGUCGAUAGGCCUGCCGCCCGAACUCCCGCCGCAGACCAGCCAUGGGUCGUCGGGCGGGCCGCCGCCGUACAGCUCGCGCAGCGCGAACAAGCCCUCGUUCGGCAGCCAGGCACGCGACAUCCUGUCCGACCUCGACUACGACAGCUACUUCCCCGGCUCGUCCCCGACCGUCGCCGAGCACGCAAAGAAGCUGCUCGACCAGGCGCUGUGGAACUACACGAGCGUGCUGCUGGCCCAGCCGUUCGAGGUCGCCAAGACUAUUCUGCAGGUGCACGAGGCGCGCGGCCAGCUUGCCCCAGGGCUGAGAGUCAGUGGCGACGACUGGAGGAGCAGCGAGAGCGGGCGGCCGGACAGCUUCGCGAGCGGGAAGUACGGCGAGUACCCCUCGGACGAGGAAGAGUCGGACGACGAUGCGCCGGGGUACUUCACAUCGACUGCGCCAGCACCACACGGCACCCACGGCACCCACGGCACCCACGCCAUCCACGGCAUCCACGGCCACCGCUUGCCCUCCGCGUCGCGGUCACGAUCCCCGCGGAAGAGAGACCAGAGGCACGUGCACAGCCGCUCUCGCUCAGAGACGCCCACACGGCCACCCCAGCCAUCCGCCCGCAAGCUCGACCUGAAGCGGGCAGACUCGCUGCUCGAGGUCAUUGGCCAGCUAUGGCAGAAGGAGUCGGCAUGGGGCGUGUGGAAGGGCACAAACUGCACUUUCAUCUACAACUUCCUCCUCAAGACCACCGAGAGCUGGUUCCGCAGCGCCCUCUCCGCCCUCCUCAACAUCCCCGACCCCGGCACCAUGGGCGCUACAGCAAGUGGCAUCGGCGGCCUUGACAUCAUUGACAGCCCCUCCCCGCUCAUGUCCCUCGCCGUCGCCGUCGCCGCCACCGCAAUCGCAGCCACCGUCCUCGCACCCCUCGACCUGAUCCGCACCCGGCUCAUAGUCACACCGAUUUCCUCCGCCCCGCGCUCCAUCUACCCCUGCCUCUCGCUGCUCCCCUCCAUAUCCAUAUCCUCAAACAUGCUCCCCGCCACACUGCUCCACGCCUGCAUACCAACCCUGAUCGCCUCCUCGACCCCGCUGCUCCUCCGCUCAACGCUCUCCAUCGACCCCAUCAUCACACCGACAACCUACUCGAUCAGCACCUUGCUCUCCUCCACCGCUGAGCUCUUCAUCCGGCUCCCCCUCGAAACCGUGUUGCGCCGCGGCCAGGUCGCUGUUCUCCAGGAUAACGAGAACCGCCGGCUGGCUGCCGAGUAUCGCCAGGAGCCUCAGCGGGCGUCCGCUUCAAACUCGUACUUCAGUGGGUAUGAGAUCGAGGAUUCAAGUCUGAGGAGGUUCCAUACUAUCAUCGACCCUGGGCCCUACAAAGGUGUACUGGGUACGAUUUGGUUUGUGAUGCGCGAGGAGGGCAUCACCACGGUGGGUCCGAGUGCGAGCAAGGCGGCUAGUGCGCAGAAGAUGGGCUUUCAGAGGCCGAUAAGGACGAGGAAGGGGCAGGGUGUGCAUGGGCUGUGGAGAGGCUGGAGAGUCGGUGUUUGGGGGUUGGUCGGGAUUUGGGGGGCUGCUGCCAUGGGCGGUGGCGGUGGUGAGUUCUAG